AUGAUCAGUUGCGUCGUAGCCAAUAUGAAUGAGCAAGGGCUUCUCCGAAGGACGAGUUCUGAUGUGUCUGUCGAGAUGAUAGGCAAGUAUAAGAGGGAACUGGAAUUUUUUAGCAGCAGCAAGAUUAAUGGUCUUAGCACAAUUGAUGAGGUAAAGCAAGUGGAAUGCGAAUGCUGUGGGAUGAAAGAGGAAUGCACCCAAGCCUAUAUAGCCAAAGUCGAGGAUUCCUUUUCAGGAAAAUGGGUUUGUGGGCUUUGUUCCGAAGCUGUGAAAGAAAGAAUGACAAGAUCAGCUCAGGAAUCAGUUGCCAUGGAAGAAGCUGUGAGCUCUCACAGGGAUGUGUGCCAGAAAUUCAACAGUACCAGACUCAAUCCCAAGCUCUCCUUAACAUUUGCAAUGAGGGACAUAGCAAAACGAAGCGAGGAGAGCAGAAAUUCCAAGAACUCGUCAUGCACGCCCAAGCUUACUCGAAGAAGUAGCUGUGUUCCAAGGAUUAACUGA